ACACCCUCGUAGUACCAACAGCAUUAAUCAUGGAUAGCGGGGAGACGGGAUACACAAUGGUACCCGACCUGGUGGAAAACAACAAUAGUGGCACAGGAACUCAAAACAACAACUCCGGGGCGGGCAGGCAGUACAACGCGCACACCAUCACCAUUGUCAACGAGAAAGAUAGUAGCUUUCUUGCCGACCUGCGAGUCACCGAUCCGCGCGACGACAAGAGUCGCAUCGAACGCACAAAAGGCGGCCUCCUGCGCGAUGUCUACCGCUGGAUCCUCGACCACGACGACUACCAGCGAUGGCGAGCGGGGUCACACAAUCGGCUUCUUUGGAUCAAAGGCGACCCGGGAAAGGGGAAGACGAUGCUAUUGUGCGGCAUCAUUGACGAACUGAACAAGGACGGAUGCAACCCAGCCUAUUUUUUCUGCCAAGCUACGGACUCUCGCCUCAACACCGCGACUGGGGUACUUCGCGGGCUCCUCUACCUUCUGCUCAUCGACCGGCCGUCUCUUGUCGGCCGCUUUCGGGGAAAGCAUGACCAUGCAGGGAAGCGAUUGUUUGAGGACGCCAAUACGUGGGACGUGCUGUGCGAGAUGAUCAUGAGCGUUCUGCGCGAUGAAAGUCUCCGGGAUGUUGUACUGGCCAUCGACGCACUGGAUGAGUGCACAACAGAACUCCCUCAGCUCCUGAACUUCAUCAUCAAGUUAUCUGCAACGCCCGUCAAGAUUAUUGUCACGAGUCGCAACUGGCCAGAGAUCGAAAAUGGCCUCGCACACGAUGUUCAAACCCCACGAAUCUGCUUGGAAAUGAACGAACGGUCGGUCUCAGCAGCUGUGCGCCAUUACAUCAGUUACAAGGUAAACGAGCUGGCUCGUAAGAAAAGAUAUGACGACGCAACACGAAAUAAGGUUCACGACUACCUGACCUCGAAGGCAGACGACACAUUUCUUUGGGUCGCUCUGGUCUAUGAGCAGCUUGCGGACAUCAGAGUCUCCAAGAGACACAUGGACAAGAAACUGAAAGAGUUCCCAGCCGGGCUAAACGCGCUAUACGAGCGAAUGUUGGGCCACGUUCUCGGCUCUCUCGACGCAAACUUGUGCAAGCAAAUCCUCUCAAUUAUCUCCACUGUGUAUCGUCCGGUCGGGGUUUCGGAACUAGCAGCUCUUGUUAAAGCGGCAGAAGACUUCCUCGACAACCCAGAUUCCUUCAUAGAGGUUGUGGAACAAUGCGGUUCUUUUGUUAUAAUAAAGGACGACGUCGUGUUUUUCGUACACCAAUCAGCUAAAGAUUAUCUGGUUGGAGAGGUUCCAAGGAGACUAUCAACCCCAGUCAUCCACCAAGACCACAGAUUUAUCUUGUUGCAGUCUCUCCGAGUUAUGUCGAGCACACUGAGACGAGACAUCUAUGAUCUCAAAGCAACAGGAACCGAAACCGACAGAAUUCGCAUCCCUGUUCCUGAUCCCCUAGCUCCGAUUCGAUACGCGUGUACAUACUGGGUUAAUCAUCUCCUUGAAUGGCGAUCGAUCACGCAGGAGACGCAAAGCGAGGUUCAGUCGUUCUUGGAAAAGCAUUUCCUCCAUUGGGUAGAGGCAACCAGCUUGCUUCGAGUCAUAUACCCGGCGAUAUCAUGUUUGUUCAAACUGAAGCGUACAAUUCAGGCACCGGCAAGGUCGUCGGAGCUACAUCAACUAGUUAGCGACGCGCUGCAAUUCUUGCGGUAUCACCGGGCGGGUAUCGAAGAGGCUCCGCUGCAGGCCUACUGCUCCGCACUCGUUUUCAGUCCCGAGAGUAGCGUCAUACGACAGCUCUUUGAACACGAGCUGCCCGGAUGGAUUCUCACGAAGCCCUUGACGAACGAUGUGUGGGACUCAUGCGAGCUGACGCUUGUAGAUGAUAUGAUGUUUGACAUCACCUCGGUGGUUUUCUCCCCGGAUGGCAGCAUGCUCGCCUGUACCUCCGAUACUGGAGGCGUAAAGUUAUGGGACACAGUAACAGGAGAGCGCUUAGGAACAUGGGACUACGAUUGGCGUUCAGCUCACUCUGUCGACUUUGCGCCCGACGGGGCAACGCUCGCAGCCGCAUUUGGAAAUAAUACCGUCGUAAUCUGUGCGGUCAAAGGCCAGGAAUUGGAGACGUUGUUGGGCCAUACCAAGGCGGUCCUUUCGGUGUCUUUCUCCAGGGCAGGAAAACGGCUCGCAUCAGCAUCCUCUGACGGGACCAUAAAGCUCUGGGAUACUACGACAUACCGCCUCUUGUGGACGCUGGCCGGCCACAAACGAGCGGUUAACAGCGUCAUCUUCUCCGCCGAUGGGACUACUGUCGCGUCAGCUUCCGAUGACUGGACUGUGAAAGUAUGGAACCCGAGCACAGGCACAUGCCUGCAGACGCUCAAGGGCCAUGGAUGGAAAGUCGACUCCGUGGCCUUCAUGGCCGAUGGCAGCCAGCUCGCAUCGACCUCUUUGAACCGUUUCGUCAAGAUCUGGAGUCUUUCCACGGGCCAAUGUGUGAUGGUAUGCGACAACGAUUCCCCCAUAAGAGUGUUCACUCUCAGAAACGGCACGCUAUAUGUUUGUGCCUGGCGCCGCAAUCCCUUGGUCGAGCUGCGAGACGCGAAGACGCACCGCAUCUUGCGGGAACUUUGGGACCAUGAAAUGGACCUCAUGUGCAUGGACGUGUCAGCCGACAACAUGCUGCUUGCAUCAGCUUCUGGUGACUGUGCGAUCAAGCUUUGGAAUCUUAGUACGGUUCAUUGGCAACAGCCCGUCGACUGCCCCGAGAGGAAGGCGACGACGCCCCGGCCGUCUUUCGCUCGCCACCAGGACGUCAAAUCAGUCGCCAUCUCGCAUAGCGGUCGGUAUUUCGCAUCGCUCUCGGAUACAGAAAGCAACGUCAGGGUCUGGGACUGCGAAACGGGGCGGCUCGUCGGCGUGCUUCAGGUUCCGCCAACCCUCCCCAGGAAAGUCACGUGGAAGGCGGUCGCAUUCUUGUCUGAAACAAGAAUCGUUGCCGCCCAAUAUGGGUGGUCUGAUGAAGAUAAAGAUGUUCACGUCUGGGACCUGGCGCAGGAGUCGUGUCUCCUGACGCUGAAGGACAUUGUUGCACAUGUACCCUUUGAUACGAUGGCCUUCUCGCAGAACGGUGCCCUUCUAGCGACGGCGAAUGCGUCUUAUACCCAGAUCUGUGUCUGGGAUGCGGUCACGGGCCAAUGCAUAGCCACUUUCCGUGUACCUGGGUGUGUCGGCUAUCUGAGGUUGUCAGAAUGUGGACGGCGGAUUUUCACCCGCACUUUCGUCAUCGACAUAACCAAGCUGAUCGAUCUGGUUCAUUCGCCAACACGAAGGGCUGAUGCUAAUAUCCAUACGCUGGACGAUCAAGCCUUGAUCACGGAGGAGGGUGCAGAAUGGAUUUGGAGAGGUAAUGGAGAAAGGAUUCUCUGGCUGCCUGAUGAGUAUCGGCCGCGAUUGUUCGUCAUCCAGGGGCCUGUGGUAGCUCUGUGUUGUAAAGAAGACCAAAUCAUCAUAAUGAGACUUUCAGACUCGGCAGCUGGUCUUUAGCAACAGUAGCCCGAAAAGAAAAGAGAAUA